AUGAGCCAGUUUAUGAUCAACACGGCGCACAACCACAGCGGAAGUGCGCUCAACGCCAUCCAGCAGUUCCUGUACAACGGCCACGGCGACAUUUCCGUCUCCAGCCUCCAUCGCCACAACAGCAGCUACCACAGCCACAACCACCCCCACCAACACAGCCACCACCACGAUGCUGCGCCCUUGUCACCGUCCCCAAGAUCCGCCACGUCCUCACACAGCCACACGUCGUCCCCGCUCUCCUCGCCACCAGACUCGCCGCGGCAGCAGCACAGCGCCGCCCCCGCCUAUCCCUUUGAGGACCACGCUAGCCACUACCACCAACACUACAGGAGUACACGCCAACAACAACAACAACAACAACAACAACAACAACAGCAGCAGCCACAAAUGAGCGUGUCGCACAGCUACCGCCAGCGCAUGUUUGCAGAUAAGGUUGUGUUUGAUCUCCAGUGCAGCUACUGCGAAACAGUGGUGUGCCGGCGGGCCAUGAAGGCGCUGUUGCUCGCAGAUACGUCGACGGAGUUGUUCUCAACUGACGCCGCUCCUGAGGAACGCUGCAGCCCCGUGGGCCGCCUCUACAGCACCCCGAGCUGCGCCUGCCAGAUUACAGACGUCGCCUGCCGCUGCUGCGGCAACGUGCUUGGCUACCACGUCGUGGAGCCCUGCCAGUCGUGCCUUAAGGCGUGCAACAACGGCCACCUGUGGAUGUUCCACGGCCACACCGUGCGCGCCUCCCACCGCGUCAGCCCCGUGACAGACCAACCGCUCACGUGGGGCAUCCUGCCUUCCCCCGGCGAGGAUGCCAACGGCCUCUGCGCGCACUCGCCGCACAGCAAGCGCGUGCAAGCCCGCACACGCUCCACCAAGCCCAUCAUCACCUGCGUGAGAUAG